GCUUCUUGACGGCAGCGUGGCUAGCCUAGCCUCGAGUCGUUUACAGUACAGGUAGAGCAGCAAGAAGAGGAGCUUCUGGGACAAAGAGCGGCACUGAGGAAACAAUGAACCGCUUCCGCAAAUGGCUUUACAAGCCAAAGCGGACUGACCCCCAGCUCCUGGCCCAGUUCUACUUUGCAGAUGAGGAGCUGAAUCUGGUGGCCACAGAGCUGGAUAGUCUGGACGGGCGCAAGGACCCUCAGAGGUGCACACUGCUGGUCAAUCAGUUCCGCUCUUGUCAGGACAAUGUGCUCAAUAUCAUCAAUCAAAUCAUGGAUGAAUGUAUCCCUAACGACCGGGCCAACCGAGACUUCAGCGUCAAAUUCCCAGAGGAAAUCCGCCAUGACAACCUGGCAGGGCAGCUGUGGUUCGGAGCUGAG